AUGGCCUCUCUCCGCACAAGUGCCCGCAGUGCACGCGCGAUAUUCGCCGCAGCAAGACCAGCUUUCAGAACACAGAUGCGAACUAUGGCAUCAGUCGACAGUGCAGCACCUCCAAGUCCUACCGUUUCUCCUUCUCGUCCGGUGGAAUCUGCUUCGAAGACUUCCACUGUCAAGGAACCCGCUGCCGACUCUGAGUCUUUGAUCAAGACAUUCAACAUUUACAGAUGGAACCCUGAUGAGCCAACCAGCAAGCCCCGCAUGCAAUCUUAUACUUUGGAUCUCAACAAGACUGGACCUAUGAUGUUGGAUGCGCUUAUUAGAAUCAAGAAUGAGGUCGACCCUACUCUUACAUUCAGAAGAUCCUGCAGAGAAGGUAUCUGCGGUAGUUGUGCAAUGAACAUUGAUGGAGUAAACACAUUGGCUUGUUUGUGCCGCAUUCCAAGAGAUGCUAAGCACGAAACAAAGAUUUACCCACUACCCCACACCUAUGUAGUCAAGGAUAUUGUUCCAGAUUUGACACAAUUCUACAAGCAAUACAAGUCCAUUAAGCCAUAUCUUCAACACACCGACCCAGCACCAGAAGGAAAGGAAUACCUACAAUCCAAGGAGGAUCGUAAGAAGCUUGAUGGUCUGUACGAAUGUAUUCUCUGCGCAUGCUGCUCGACAUCUUGCCCAUCCUACUGGUGGAACAGUGAGGAGUACUUGGGACCAGCUAUCUUAUUGCAAAGUUACAGAUGGCUUGCGGAUUCCCGUGACCAGAAGAAGGAGGAACGUAAGGCAGCUUUGGAUAACAGCAUGAGUUUGUACAGAUGUCACACCAUUCUCAACUGCUCGAGGACAUGUCCGAAGGGAUUGAAUCCUGGUUUGGCGAUUGCGGAGAUUAAGAAGGAAAUGGCUUUCUAA